AUGAUUACCAAAAUGAUUCCUAUUAUUCUUGUAUAUUUGCUUCUUUCAACUUUGCACGCUUUUGAAAUACAGGUAUAGUUACAGUAACCUUGAAGGUAAACUUUAAUAGUCUCUUCUCGAUGGAGUAGGAUCAGCAUUUAGUUCAGUCCAGCAGUCAGUAUCUGAGUUUGUGAACAAGGAGACAGAUGACUUUGCACAGAUCCCAUUAGAGAUCGGAGAUCGGCUUGCAUGCACUCCGUGUUCUCUGAUAGCUGGCUACAUCAUGUACAACAUUAACGACAACACUAUUGUUCAGUCGGUAUGGUUGUUGACUUGUAUAAUUUUUAUUGUCUGUGUUAAGUUCUUCUGUAAUAAUUGUAGUUAAUAGCACAAUACCCAUGUCAUUACUAUGUUUACAGCUUAUGAUCGGGUCUUGCCCAGCGAUAUUUUACGGUAAUUGGCACAAAAUGUGGGCGUGUGAGGUUCUGAUGGUGGGCGCAGUAGUUUACUCUCAUUUUGGGGCAUCUAAGUCGUUGUGUCAUGCAAUGGGCAUGUGCUCGAAUCUGUUCAAAGUAAAGCGAAGCUUACUUCAGAAUCAGACGCCACCACAAGUGGACUUUAACGAGCUAGUGCAAGUGAGUAAAAAUGUUGUGGUAAAAAUAAAAGAAUGCUCCAAAAGUAGUAGAGUUUUAAAAAAAUAGUUUAGCACAACUUUUUUGGAUCAGUCUGAUAUAAAGUUUUUAAAACAGAAUUUCAAUUAGAAUUUUGCUUUAUAAGUAAACCGAUCUAGUCAGAGUUUUUACACGAAAAACUUUAGUUACUGCCACUGGACAUGGACAAUUUUGACACAAAGUUGUCGCAACUUGGCCCUGCUGAGUACUCGAAAGUCAAGGAAUCUGUGUCCCGAAUUCUCACGCAAAGACAGAAUCUGAAGCCUGUCGAAUUCUUGGAAACUCUACGUGAAAUCUCGAAGUUUUACCGAUAG